AUGUCCUCAAUCUUCGCAACUUUCGUCGAAUCCGAGGGGAACGAGACCGUUGUUUUCGCAAACGAAGUUGGUGUGCCAUGUGUUGCGGUCGAGACUCGAUGGAUCAGCUUGCUUCGAACACACAUGAGGAUAAUACUAUACCUAUACCACCUUGAAAUCCCGCACAUUUGCAAACUCUCGGUCCAAUAUCACCCUGCCUCGAGCUCGAGGCUCAACUCUUUUGACACGAAAACCGAGUCCAUUAAUUGA